GAAUUUCGCCGUCUCGGUCUUUGAGUUUAACAAAAAGAGAACCAACAACAAGAUGCUCUUUUGAUAUAAGAAGCAGUCUCCAGCAGUUUGUCAAAAGUUUUUUUUUUAACUCAUCAUAAUACAUCAUAUCAAUUUCUCAAAAUUUUUGCAGUAUCAUAUUAUCAGUUCAAAUAUGGAGAACGUUCUUGUCAUCGGAGCCACUGGCAAUAUCGGUGUCGCAGCAGUACUUGGAGCCCUGCAAUCUAAGCGUCAUGUACUUGCAAUAGUGAGAAACCAGGCCUCUGCGGACAAGUUGUUUAAACAUGUGGGAACAAAGAACGGCAUCACAACCAUCGAAGCUGACAUCAUGUCAGAAGGAGGAGUGCAAACUGUGGUGGACCAAGUCCGGGCUGGGAAACUGCCAGGUUUUCAGCACGUUUACUCUGCUACUGGAGGUGCAUACGGUGCAACACCAUUGACUGAGUUAAGCCUCAACGAAUUGCGUCAAAUCAUGAGUGUCAACUUUGAAUCCAACUUUUUCGCCUACCGUGCAACAAUUCCAUAUUUGCUAGAGCAAAAGAAAGCAACUAGCUUCACACUCUGCACUGGAGCACAGGGUGAUAUUGGAGCUCGCGCAGCACCUGCUAUCUCACAAGGUCCCCUCUUCUCGAUGGCAAAUGUAGCCUGCCGUGACAAUACUGACACGAGCGUUCGCUUCAAUGAAGUGUACCUUAAUUGUCGGGUUGAAGUUGAUUCAUCGGCCGCUCAAACGGGAGCAAUGAAAUCGUCUGAUUUUGCUCGUUCUUAUACAGAACUGCUUUCCAGACCAGAAAUCAAGAGUUCUCGCAUAAUUGUGUCCACACAUGAUGAUCUGAAGGAUUUGAAGCACAAGAAGAAGAUUACUUAGUGUAGCUUUCAAGAUACACUUGAUUUACGUAGUAGAAUCGACGAAUUUCAUAAACGAAUCCUAGCA